AUGAGCAGCAAUCCAGGAACACCGCCCUUCUCUCCCGGCCUCAACCCCGGCGUCCCCCGGAUCGACAUCCCCAGGCCCCCCGACCCGCAGCUCGACCCUGUCGGAUACCUCAGGAGCUUGGGCGCCGUCCGCGAGCGCUGCAAGAUCGUCACCGAGAAGGCCCUGCGCAAUGAGCUCAACCACUUUGAUGUCGACAUGAACAAGUUUGAAGAUGUAGUCACUUUUGUUGCCAAUAUCAUCAAGAGAGACUAUGACGCCCCAUUCACAUCCAUUCCCGGCCACGGCCGUCACCAGCACUUCGCCAUCGGCGGGCGCGACCGCAUCGCUCACCUCCUGUCCACAUUCCCUGAGGAUGUCGACAACACGGAAAAGUGCAAGCGCAUGAUCGAUCUCUUCCUUGUCAGUGUAUUGCUGGACGCCGGUGCCGGCACCCAGUGGAGCUAUAAGAGCAACGAGAAUGGCCGUAUCUACAGGCGAUCCGAAGGCAUUGCCGUUGCUAGUUUGGAGAUGUUUAAGACCGGUCUGUUUUCUGGUAACAAGAACAACAAGUACCAGGUCGACAAGGAGGGCUUGGCCAGCCUAACCGUCGAGAAGCUCGCCCAGGGAUUGCAGUCUGGACCGGGCAACGAGAUGGCUGGCAUUGAAGGCCGCGCCCAACUCCUUAUUCGGUUGGGCCAGGCUUUGGAGGAGAAGACCGAGUUCUUCGGUGCGGAUGGACGGCCUGGAAACAUGCUCGACCACAUCCUCGACCACCCCUCGACACAGGCGACGAACGGCUUGAUUGUUCCCCUUCCCGUCUUGUGGAACGUCCUCAUGAGCGGCCUUGCUCCUGUCUGGCCACCAUCGAGGACUGCCAUCAAUGGCGUUUCUUUGGGCGACGCUUGGCCCUGCAGCUCCAUGCCUCAGCCGGUGCAGUCGCCAUCUAGCCCGACAUUUUCUCCUUUCCCCAACACCUCUGGCCAGUCCAACGGUGUUGCGCCCUGGGAAAGCAUUCUCCCUUUCCACAAGCUUACCCAGUGGCUUACCUACUCGCUUAUGCAGCCCAUGCAGAGCAUUAUGAAGAUCCAGUUUGCUGGCCAGGAGCUUCUUACUGGUCUUCCCGAGUAUCGCAACGGCGGUCUGUUUAUUGACCUCGGCGUCCUGACAUUGAAGCAGGAGGAUAUGGCGCGCGGCUUGGCGCAUUACACCUCGUACUGCGACCGCACCGGCACCAAGGAGAACGAAGUGGCACCUAUGUUUGAGCCCAGUGACGAUGUCAUUGUGGAGUGGAGAGGCGUCACUGUUGGCUUCCUCGACAAGCUUUGCGUUGAGGUCAACAAGGCCUUGGAGAGGGAGCUGCAGGGCAACGAGCUUACCCUUGCUCAAAUGCUAGAGGCUGGUAGCUGGAAGGGUGGCCGUGAAAUUGCCGAAGUCAGCCGACCAAACACCAAGGAACCGCCUAUCCUUAUUGAUAGUGACGGCACCGUAUUCUAG